AUGGCAACCCAACAGAUCCUCUUCGCCGAGACCGUGGCCGCUAUGAAAAAGGCACUCAAACGCAAAGCUUACGAAUCCGACUCGGACGAUGAGAUCGACCACUACGGGAACCGUGGCCACAAACUUAAGAAGCGAGCCCUCUUCUCCCACCAGGGGCAGCUCGCGCCACCCUCUGGACCGGAGGUCUACAAUGAGGUCAUCGACUACGCCGGGCAGCAGCGGACAAUAAUAAGCCGAAACCCACCCAUUGUUGACGAGGAGGGGUACGAGAUCGACAGCGACGACGAUGAAGAGCGUAUACAAGAGGCUGUUGCGUCGGCUACAGAGCUUGACCCUUAUGCCAACAUUCGAAUCGAACAGAUUCUCGCCCCCCUGACCGCGUCGACCGACCUCCCGACCCAUCCUACCCUCUCGAAGCCCUUUACAGCCAAGACCCUGAAUGAAAUUGCCGAACAGAGUUGCGAAGUCAUGCGUAAAGAGAACAAGUCGCUGUGGAGAGUAAAACACCUCUUCACAAGGUUAUGCGGCGACUACACUUGGGUGCCUUGUGGCAUGAUGGUGGGCCCCGACGACGCCGAACUUUACUCGGCCGACUACUUAGAACGUGGAUUUCAACUGAGCCUGAAGGCGACUGCUGCCGAAAAUGAAGGGACCUCGCCCGGGACGAUCAAUGGCGAUGCGAAGCCAGGACAGGCACCGAAUGGCACGAACGGCGAGCCAUCAGGCUAUAAGGACAGCGGCGAUGGUGACGUGACAAUGACGGACGCAGGGUCAGAGAAGCCUGAGGGCCGCAAGCCGUUACCUGAUAAGCCAGCCAAAGAUGAUGCGAAAGCUGAGGGCGAGACAUCAAAACCACCAAACGGAGAUACACGGGCCAAAGAGGGAGAGGAAGCCAGCUCAAACAAGGCACAGAAGCAGAAAGCUACCGACGUCGAGAUGCGGCAGGCCAGCACCGCGCCCCCAUCUCACCAAGGAACGGAACUGACGGAUCGCAACGGUGCGAAUGCGCCGUCAAUAACAUCCGACAAGGUGGACGAGACAUUCGUGCACCCAUUCUUUCGACCUCCCGCCAACGCCCGUCCAGACCGAGAUGUGGGGCUACCGGACCCGGAAGCCGAGGAUAUCCGCCGCCUGCUGGCAUUGUACGUGCAGAAGCAGGAAGAGGUCUGCCGCGGGGCCAGGAAGCUUCAUGAGGGUCUUCUCAAGGCCAAUCGGCUUCGUAGGACUGUCCUCGCGUGGUCCAAGGCGGAGGCGCACAGCGGACCGAACCGAGACAUGUCGGACGGCGAGGACUGGUAUGACAAGGAAGAAUGGGGCUUAAUUGAAGACCUUAAGAAGGGCCAGGACGACGAGGAGGAAGACACGGGCACAGUGGCUAAGAAGACUAGGAAUCGCAGGUGA